GCGGCUGGGCGGAGCUCGGGCGGGGUCGGGCUGCGGCGUCCAGGUCCACGGCCAUGGCGGGCUGCUGCGUAGUGCUGGGAUCCUUCCUGUUCGAGUACGACACACCGCGCAUCGUGCUCAUCCGCAGCCGUAAAGUGGGGCUCAUGAACCGCAUGGUGCAGCUGCUCAUCUUGGCUUACGUCAUCGGGUGGGUGUUUGUGUGGGAAAAGGGGUACCAGGAGACCGAUUCUGUGGUCAGCUCAGUGACAACCAAGGCCAAAGGUGUGGCUGUGACCAACACUUCUAAACUUGGAUUCUGGAUCUGGGAUGUGGCCGACUAUGUUAUUCCAGCUCAGGAGGAAAACUCCCUCUUCAUCAUGACUAAUAUGAUUAUCACUAUGAACCAGACACAGAGCACCUGUGCAGAGAUUCCUGAUAAGACCACCAUCUGUAAUUCAGACUCUGACUGCAUUCCUGGCUCCACAAGCACCCACAGCAAUGGAGUGGAGACUGGAAAAUGUGUGUCAUUCAAUGAGUCUGUGCAUACCUGUGAGGUGGCAGCAUGGUGCCCAGUGGAGGACGACGCUGGUGUGCCAACGCCUGCUUUUUUAAAGGCUGCAGAAAACUUUACUCUCUUGGUGAAGAACAACAUCUGGUAUCCAAAAUUUAAUUUCAGCAAGAGGAAUAUCCUCCCCAACAUCACCACCUCCUAUCUCAAAUCAUGCAUUUAUGAUGCUCAAACAGAUCCUUUCUGCCCCAUAUUCCGUCUUGGCAAAAUUGUAGAGGAUGCAGGGCACAGCUUCCAGGACAUGGCAGUCGAGGGAGGAAUCAUGGGCAUCCAGAUCAACUGGGACUGCAACCUGGACAGAACCGCCUCCCUCUGCCUGCCUAGGUAUUCCUUCCGGCGCCUUGACACCCGGGACCUCGAACACAAUGUAUCUCCUGGCUAUAAUUUCAGGUUUGCCAAGUACUAUAAGGACCUCACUGGCAACGAGCAGCGCACGCUCAUCAAGGCAUAUGGCAUCCGCUUUGACAUCAUCGUGUUUGGAAAGGCUGGGAAGUUUGACGUCAUCCCUACCAUGAUCAAUAUUGGCUCUGGCUUGGCACUGCUGGGGGUGGCAACAGUUCUGUGUGACAUCAUAGUUCUCUACUGCAUGAAGAAAAGAUACUAUUACCGGGACAAGAAAUACAAGUAUGUGGAAGACUACGAACAGGGUCUUGCUGGUGAGAGGGACCAAUGACGCCCACCCUACACCUGGACUCCCCACGGUCCUCAUCAGUGCAGUGAGAUGGGAGAAAUGGCUGCUAUGUCACCCUAGAGGAAGUUCCAGGUUCUUUCAGUCUUCACAAAUACUCAGGGUUGCCUAGUAGUUCUUGUAUUGUUUUGUUUUUGAGCCUGGAUCUUGCUCUGUAGCCCAGACGGGCCUCAGACUCAAGAUCCUCUUCUUUAGCCUCCAGAGUACUAGGAUUACAGAUGUGUACCACUACAGCCAUCUUCUGGGGGUUGUUUUGUUGUUUUCCUUUUGAGGUAGGCUCUCAUCUAUAACUCAGCCUGGCCUCAAACUCAAGGCAUUCCUCUUGGCUCUAUAACUAGAAUCUUCUCUCACUUUUUGUGUAGAGUUCAUGUGUUCUCUGCACACAGUGGAUUCCUGGUGGAUUGUUGGCUGGGCCUCCUGUUGUUUAUACAAUGUGGGGAUGUCAGCAUAAGAUGCUGGCCUGAGGGCAGAGACGCUGCUGUGGGUUUUGGGACUGGUGCCUUCUCCAGCAACUCCAAGACUGGUUUUCCUUGGAAGCUCCCAGUCUCCAGACCCCCAGAGCAGGCCCAGCCCUCUGAGGCUUAUAAAGGAAGUCCUCCUAAGUGCUAUCGUCAGGUCUGGGACACUGCUCCUUUUUCCCAUAACCAGAGACUUUGUCCUUGUAAUGACAAGACAGAGUUGGAAGGUGUUGAAAUGAUUGAGGACCAAAUAUUAAAACAAAUGAUUUUUUAAAAUC